AUGUCGGCGACACCAGAAACGGGAAUUGAAAAUCAAAGCACUUCUUCGGUGCUGCCUCACAAUCUGCCUGCUUCGCUUGUCGCCACAGUGAAUUCACUCGCAGAGGACAUUCGGAACUUGAAGGCGACACAGCAGCAGGCCCUUUCCCGGAAAACUGAACAUGAGAUGAAGUUGGAGGAAGAUAUGAGGAGUCUUGAAAAGCAUCUUCUCUACGCUCACCCCUUGACGAACGCGGCUGCCACGGCCGCGGCCAACACAACUUCUGUGCUUCUUGAGAAAUAUCUUUUUGGAGCGUCCGGUAGUUCUCUGGCGAGCAAAAGAUCGCUUGCAUCACGAACAGGCCUGAACCGAUGGGUAACAGAUUCUAUCACAGAACCUAGCAACUCAGCGGAGACGCAGGCAAUCGUCUCCGAGGCCGAAAAACAGCUGGCGGGUGUCGUUGCGGCAUCGAACUCCACAGUCAAGGAACUGAACUGUGAAAUGCAGGUUCGCACAGAAGGAGAACGUCGCUUUGUGUAA